ACAUUUCUGUUUGUAAACGAGCAAUAUUAAUAUAGCGAAGAAGAGGCCGUCAUGGCUUAGUCAAUCUGAUAGCUUUUAGAUGUCAGUAUUUUUUUUUAACCUAAACAGCGUCUGUUCGGUUAUUUACGGUAAGCUAGGUAAUGUCACUGCCUUAAUGUGCUGAGAGUUUGGUUUUGACUUCUGCCUGUCACUAAAGAUGAAUCGUCCAAAGCCAACAACUCUCAGGCGCCCCAGUGCUGCAAAACCAUCAGGCCAUCCUCCACCAGGAGACUUCAUUGCUCUGGGAUCGAAAAGCCAGGCAGGAGAGCCCAAAGCCCCGGCUGUCCUCCUGAAGCCAGCAUCCACAGGUUUACCUGCUGACCGCAAAAGAGAGACUUCCUCCACUCUACCUUCUUCAUCAGGUCUGUCCAACCUCACCAAGCGGCCCAAACUAUCCACCACCCCUCCAGUCAGUGCCCUGGGGCGACUCGCAGAUGUUGCAGCUGUGGACAAGAGGGCUAUAUCGCCCUCAAUAAAAGAGCCUUCAGUGAUACCUAUUGAAGUCUCUCCAGCGGUUCUACUGGAUGAGAUUGAAGCAGCAGAGUCAGAAGGAAAUGAUGAUCGCAUUGAGGGAUUGCUGUGUGGAGCAGUGAAGCAGCUCAAGAUGAACAGAGCCAAGCCUGACAUUACACUGUACCUCAGCCUCAUGUUUCUGGCCAAAAUCAAACCCAAUGUUUUUGCUACUGAAGGAAUUAUUGAGGCCUUGUGCAGCCUCCUGCGUCGAGAUGCUUCCAUCAACUUCAAAGCAAAAGGCAACAGCUUGGUAUCUGUUCUGGCCUGCAAUCUGCUAAUGGCAGCCUACGAGGAGGAUGAAAACUGGCCCGAGAUCUUUGUCAAGGUGUAUAUUGAGGACUCGCUGGGGGAAAGAAUCUGGGUGGACAGUUCUCACUGCAAAAACUUUGUUGAUAAUAUUCAGACUGCUUUUGGCACAAAGAUGCCCCCAAAGAGUAUGCUGCUGCAGGCUGAUACUGGCCGCUCUGGUGGAGAUCUCAGUGCAGGCAGCAGCCCUCAUCCUUCAACCCCAGAUGAGGACGACAGCCAGACUGAAUUGUUGAUAGCAGAAGAGAAACUCAGCCCUGAGGAUGAAGGGCAGGUUAUGCCGAGGUAUGAAGAGCUGGCAGAGAGCGUGGAGGACUAUGUGCUCGAUGUGCUGCGGGAUCAGUUGAACCGCAGACAGCCGAUGGACAACGUGUCCCGAAACCUGCUUCGUCUGCUCACAGCCACGUGUGGAUACAAAGAGGCACGACUCAUGGCGGUGCAGAGGCUGGAGAUGUGGCUGCAAAACCCAAAGCUGACUCGACCGGCUCAGGACCUCCUCAUGUCUUUGUGUAUGAACUGCAACACCCACGGAGCAGACGACAUGGAGGUGAUCUCUAACCUGAUCAAGAUCCGACUCAAACCUAAAGUCCUUCUCAACCACUACAUGCUGUGUGUCAGGGAGCUGCUGAACGCAAACAGAGACAACCUGGGCACUAUGGUGAAGCUGGUGAUCUUCAAUGAGCUGUCCAAUGCCAGGAAUCCCAACAACAUGCAAGUUCUCCAUACAGUGCUGCAGCACAGCCCGGAGCAGGCUCCAAAGUUCUUGGCGAUGGUGUUCCAGGACUUGCUAACCAAUAAGGAUGAUUACCUCCGUGCCUCCCGAGCUUUGCUGAGAGAGAUCAUCAAACAGACCAAGCAUGAGAUCAACUUCCAGUCGUUUUGCUUCGGUUUGAUGCAGGAGAGAAAGGAGGCCAGCUAUGUGGACAUGGAGUUCAAAGAGCGUUUCGUCAUCCAGGUGACGGAUUUGCUGACCGUCUCCAUGAUGUUGGGCAUCACUGCGCAGGUCAAGGAAGCUGGCAUCGCAUGGGACAAAGGAGAGAAGAAGAAUCUGGAGGUCCUGAGGUCGUUCCAGAAUCAGAUCGCUGCCAUCCAGAGAGAUGCUGUGUGGUGGCUUCACACCGUGGUUCCUACCAUCAGCAAAGUUGGCGCAAAGGACUACGUUCACUGCCUUCACAAAGUGCUUUUCACAGAGCAACCUGAGACGUAUUACAAGUGGGACAACUGGCCUCCGGAAAGCGACAGAAACUUCUUCCUUCGCCUUUGUUCCGAGGUGCCCCUGUUGGAGGACACGCUGAUGCGCAUUCUGGUGAUCGGCCUGUCGCGGGAUUUGCCUCUCGGCCCCGCAGACGCCAUGGAGCUCGCAGAUCACCUGGUUAAAAGAGCUGCUGGAGUUCAGUCCGACGAUCUAGAGGUCCUGAGAGUGGAAAGGAUCCAGCUCAUUGAUGCAGUGCUGAAUCUGUGUACAUACCAUCACCCAGAAAACAUCCAGCUGCCGGCGGGGUACCAACCACCAAAUUUGGCGAUAUCCACGCUCUAUUGGAAGGCAUGGCUCUUGCUGCUGGUGGUGGCUGCAUUUAAUCCUCAGAAGAUAGGUUUGGCUGCCUGGGAUGGCUAUCCUACAUUGAAAAUGCUUAUGGAGAUGGUUAUGACGAAUAACUAUACAUACCCUCCUUGCACCAUCGCGGAUGAGGACACAAAGACAGAGAUGAUCAGCAGGGAGCUGCAGAUCUCCCAGAGAGAGAAACAGGAGAUCUUGGCCUUUGAGAGUCACUUGGCAGCAGCUUCCACCAAACAGACUAUCACCGAGAGCAACAGCCUGCUGUUGUCUCAGCUUACCAGUCUGGACCCACAGGGUCCUCCUCGUCGACCUCCUCCUCAGGUCCAGGAGCAGGUAAAAACUCUCAACCAGUCUCUGCGUCUUGGUCAUCUUCUCUGCCGGAGCCGCAAUCCUGACUUUCUUCUUAACAUCAUCCAGAGACAGGCUUCGUCUCAGUCCAUGCCGUGGUUGGCCGACUUGGUCCAGUCCAGUGAAGGGUCCUUGGAUGUGCUUCCAGUUCAGUGUCUGUGUGAAUUCCUUCUGCAUGAUGCUGCGGAUGACAGUUUGCCAAUAGAGGAUGACGAGGAAGGAGAGAGCAAAGAACAGAGGGCCAAGAAGAGACAGAGACAACAAAAGCAACGACAGCUACUUGGACGGCUCCAGGACCUCUUGUUAGGUCCCAAGGCUGACGAACAGACAACAUGUGAAGUGCUGGAUUACUUCCUGCGUCGCCUCAGCUCUUCUCAGGUUGCAUCAAGGGUUCUAGCAAUGAAGGGUUUGUCGUUGGUUCUGAGUGAAGGUGGCCUGAAAGAUGGAGAAGAGCGAGACCAGCCCAUGGAAGAAGACUCUGCAGAUGCUGAACUCUUGCCAGGGUACCAGUGGCUGCUGCAAGACCUCCCAAAGCUCCCCUUGUUUGAUACUGUCAGAGGCAUGACAUCAACAGCUCUGCAGCAGGCCAUUCACAUGGAGACGGAUCCACAGACUAUCAGCGCUUAUCUCAUCUACUUAUCCCAGCAUGCACCCGUGGAGGAGCAGGCUUCUCAUAAUGACCUGGCCCUGGUAAUCACGGACAUCGCCCGGCUGAUCGUCGAGCGCUCCACCAUCAUGAACAGCCUGUUUUCCAAACACUCCAGCAGGCCUGAAUCUGAUGCUGUGCUCUCUGCGUUCCUCACCAUCUUCUCUGCAUACAUCAGGAGGAUGAGGAAGACAAAGGAGGGCGAGGAUCUUUAUAGCUGGUCAGAAUCUCAGGAUCAGGUGUUUUUGCGCUGGACGACAGGAGAGACUGCUACAAUGCACAUUCUUGUAGUCCAUGCUAUGGUGAUCCUGCUGACUCUGGGGCCUCCCAAAGGAGAGAGUGAUUUCCAUGCUCUUUUAGACAUUUGGUUCCCAGACAAGAAACCUCUCCCCACUGCCUUCCUGGUUGACACCUCUGAGGAGGCCCUUCUCCUGCCUGAUUGGUUGAAACUGAGAAUGAUUCGAUCCGAGGUCUCUCGAUUGGUUGAUGCAGCUUUACAAGACCUGGAGCCGCAGCAGCUGCUGUUGUUUGUUCAGUCCUUUGGAAUUCCAGUUUCCAGCAUGAGUAAACUUCUGCAGUACUUGGAUCAAGCUGUUUCUCAUGAUCCACAGUCACUGGAGCAAAACAUCAUGGACAAGCAUUACAUGGCCCACUUGGUUGAGGUGCAGCAUGAGCGAGGGGCCACUGGGGGGCAUACUUUCCAUGCUUUACUGAGUUCCUCUCUUCCUGCACGCAGAGAUUCAGCUGAAACAAGUAAGGCCAAAGUGACAGUGGAAACUCCUCACAGCUCUGUGAAGAUGAGAGCAGCCAGUCAGCUUCCUGCAGUCGGGCCUGACGAUGAUCUCACCGGCAUGCUGCUUCAGAUUUUUCCGUUAAAGGUGGACCCUCGUUGGCACGGCCCCCCUCCCAGUCAGCUCUCUCUGGCCUUGCAGCAGGCCUUGGCUAAAGAACUGAUGCGAGCCAAGCAGGGUCAGAUUCAGCAGGGUGGUUUGGCAUUCCGUUUGCUACAGGCCAUCGCGGCCCUGCUCACCUCUGCCCAUGCAGGACCUAUUGUCAUGUCAAUGCACCGCAGCCAUGCCCUCUCCUGUCCACUUAUGCGGCAACUUCACCUCUACCAGCGUCUCGUGUCGCAGGACAUCGCUUUCUCCUCGCUGUUCCUCAAAGUCAUUGUUGAGAUGCUGAUCUGGUUGGACAACCCGACUGUGGAGGCAGGACCACUAAAGACACUGCUCAAAUCCUUUGCUGGUCAAAACUCUCAUAAACACAGGCACAGCGAUGUACGUACGGGUUUCCUUCACCUCGCUGAGGCUUUGGCGUAUCGCAGAGACACUGAAGUGCCACUGAGAGCCAUCAUGGCGAUGCUGAGAGCUGGAGAGAGAUGUAAUGCAGAAGCUGAACUCAUUGGAAAAGUGUUACAAGGACUGAUGGAGGUGAAGUCGCCAUAUUUGGAGGAGCUACUGUCUCUGUUGAUGACUGUUGGUACACAGAAUGGGACGGCUGGCCCUGUUGCCAUGGUGAUUUCCUUGCUCCUUCAGGAAAGUGAGGAGCGAGCUGUGAAAAAGGAAGUGGAUUCUAACAAUCGCUCUGAGGUGACAAAGUCGGGCCUGAACUCUGGGCUGCUGGUUGAUUGGCUGGAACAUCUUGACCCUGAGGUUACUUCAGUGUGUCCAGACCUUCAACAGAAGCUGCUGUUUGCCCUCAACAAGGCACGAGGCACUCCAGCCUACAGACCUUAUCUGCUGGCCUUGCUUACACAUCAGUCAAACUGGUCCACGCUGCUGCAGUGUAUCAGUGCUCUUCUCAGCAAACGCAGAGACUACAAGCUAGACCCAUCAUCAGCCCUGGACUUCCUGUGGGCGUGCAGCCACAUUCCACGUAUCUGGCAAGGACGCGACCAGAAGAUCCCUCAAAAGAAAACAGAGAAGUUUGUGCUGCGUCUCAGUUCAGAGGAGCUCAUCAGCCUGGUGGACCUGAUCCUGUCAGAGUCGGAGCUCAACAGUCGCAGCUCACCUCAUGAUGACAAAAGUGGCGCUGACAAGGCCUCCUGCUCCCUCAUCCAGUCCAGGCUGCCUCUCCUUCACUCUUACUGUAACGGAGCUCUAGAAAACAUCAAGAAAGUAUCAGAGUACCUCAUCAACUGCACAAAGAAGCGGGAGGACAGUGCAAUGAGUAAGUGGUGCCAGAACUUGCUGCUGCAGAUCUAUCUGCACUUCCCUGAGGUCAUCCAGCACGUUACCCUGCCUGAAGGCACGUUCAGCAUCGGAGGGGCCGCAGACGGCAGCAGCUGCAAGCUUGACGUCCUGGUCCAUCGCCUGGUCACGCUGCUUGCUGAUAUAGGAGACUCAAAGUCCGUUGAGGGCCGUGUGUCCGACGCCAACCUUGCCUGCAGGAAGCUGGCCGUGUCGCACCCUGUCCUUUUACUCAGACACCUUCCCAUGAUUGCAGGCCUCCUACACGGCCGCAUGCACUUAAACAUGCAGGAGUUUCGGCAGCAAAACCACAUGACGUUCUUCAGCAACGUGCUCGCCAUCCUGGAGCUGCUGCAGCCGCUUGUUUUCCACAGCGACCACCAGAGGGCGCUUCAAGACUGCCUUCUGUCCUUUAUGAAGGUCCUUCAGAACUUUCAGAGGACUCGCUUUCCGUUGGUCUUCAUCAAUAAGUUUCUACAGUUCACGCAGAAGUACAUAACGCACGAUGCAGCAGCAGCCGUUCCUUAUCUGCAGAAGCAUUCUGACAUCUUACAGGGUAUGUGUGCUGAAAAUCCAGACCUGGUCCAGCUGAAAUCCCUGCUUGCUGGGCUCACGUUGCCAGUGAAAAGCUCCUCUGCGGAGGUUUCAGCAGAAGAAAGAGAUGCAGAUGAUGUGUCCACUGGUUCUCUGCCACUAGUCAACAUAUCGGCCUCAUUUUCACUGAGUGCUGCAGACAUGACGAUGUACAUGAAAAAGAUGUCCAGAGGAGAAGCAGUGGAGGAUGUGCUGGAAGUGUUGACAGAGGUGGACGAGAAGUCAAGGAGGAGCCCAGAGAUCAUACAGUACUUCAUUAGUGAUCUGCAGAGACUCAUGACUUCCUCCGAGGAGUUGUGUCGGAACAUGGCCUUCAGCCUGGCCCUGCGCUGCAUCCAGAAUAACCCCUGCCUGGCAACAGACUUCCUGCCGACUUUCAUGUACUGCAUGGGCAGUGGUAACUUCGAUGUGGUUCAGACUGCGCUAAGGAAUCUUCCAGAAUACGUGCUUCUCUGUCAAGAACACGCAGACAUUUUGCUCCACAAGGCGUUUUUGGUGGGUAUCUACGGACAAAUUGACACCAGUUCAAUGAUCUCAGAGUCCAUGAAGGUCCUCCACAUGGAAGCAACAACAUAACGAAACACUCGACACCCCGUCUGAUUGAAAAUGAACAUCAUUUACUCUCCGCAUUCCAGAGCUCCAUUAUUUCUUUUAAUUCCCUUUAGUUCAAACAUAAUUUGAUCAUCACAGAUUAACAAACUCAGAGGCUCUACAGUGGCGCAGAUUAAAGGAUCCUACACUGAGCUGGUAUAGAAACCACUAAUAUAAUAACUGCUGGAUAAUUUAGUGACUUGAAAGAAUGCAUUAAAAUUCCCUCAAAAUGAGCUGAAAAUGUUAUAAUUAAAAAUGUGAAAUUUGUGUUAUUUUGAUAAUACGGCAAUUAGUACAUGUGUUACAUUGUAAGGGAUGUAAAUUAUUUUUAACUAAUUUAAUAAUUAAAAGAGAACUAGAAUUGGAACAUUCAGUUGAAUUAGUUCAAGACAACAGACUAUUUUAAAUUAGAAGAAAUAGUCAACAGUGGUUAUAAAAAUAAGGAUAUCGUUUUAUUCUAAUUAUUACACAGAUACUAAUUUGAAAAAAAGUGUUUUGGUUGCAUUUUGAAGGGGACUUUUGCAUUUUUGAAGUUAUUAAAUUAUACACAGCUCCAUGAGAAAGUACAUUACACCAUUUUUGGUUUCAUUUUUAAUAGUUUGAAUAUGAAAUAUCAACAUUAUUAUUCAGGUAAAAUACACACUAAAAUGAACCUGCCACUUCAUGGUCCUUUGUUUUAUCACAGCAGUGUUUGAUCAGUUUAGUUGCAGUCUUUUCCUUUGUUUUUCUUCAACAUUUUUCAGUCCGCAGAGUUUCUAAAAUGUGCAAGAAAAACUGUGGCUUCUUCUCAGUUGUCUGGUAUCCUGAAGGGCUUUAAUUUAUUAACUGGCCAUCGCAUUUAACACCUUUCAAAUGAUUAAAACUCAGAAGCCAAAGUACAAAAGGGAUAUAAUUCAAAAUGUUAUCCUCCACAUUUCAACAUUAUCUGUGAGUCAUCUUCAUUAAAACAUAAUAAAAUA